GGUACCGUUUGGACUAACUUCACAACACUGCUAGUUCACUGAAACUCAGAAUGUCGAGCAGGAGGAAAUCCACAACCCCCUGCAUGGUUCCUCCUCGGGAAGCCAUGGAAUCAGAUCUGGAGAUGGAGGACAUGUUGGAUGAAGCAGACCCGGAGGACAGAAACGGACUGGGGACGUUUUCCUCCGAGGUUCCUGUUCUGAUGGAGGACCAAGGCGAGGAUUCUGACUUCCGAUCGGACGCGGUGUCGGACCCCUAUUUGGACCUAAACACGGCGGAGGGAGGCUACGAAUGCAAGUACUGCAGUUUCCAGACGUCGGAGCUUAACCAGUUCACCAUGCACGUGGACGCAGAACAUCCCGAUGUGGUUCUCAACACCUCAUACGUCUGCGUGGAAUGUGACUACCACACCAAAAGCUAUGACACCCUUCUGACCCACAAUGCCCGCUUCCACCCGGGUGAGGACAACUUCACGCGGACCAUGGUGAAGCGAAACAACGAGACCAUCUUCCAGCAGACGGUCAACGACCUCACUUUUGACGGCAGCUUCAUCAAGGACGAGGAGGACGAGCUGGAAGACACGUCCCGCAAAGUCAUCCCCCUCAGCAAGACCCCCAUCAUGAGGAUCAAGAGCCGACCGGAGCCCAAAAAGUUCACCAUCACGCAAAAAAUGGCCUUAGGUGAUGUCAUUAAAGUGGAGAGCGACGAUGAGGAGGAGUUCGAGGAAGAUGAAGACAGAGAGCCGCCGUCGCUAUCGCCAGCGCCGAUGAACCUCUCUGCGGCCAUCACCCCUCGCCUGAUUCCCGUCUCCACGCCGCUGCAGGUGCAGGCCGUCCCACAGAGCAUUGUGGUAAACACCCCCAACAUGCUGCAGAUUAAAGGCGGCUCCAGUGGGGGGGGUGCCGUGCUGCCUCCAGAGACCCUGGCCCAGGUUCUGUCGGCCCUGCAGAACCAGCAGAACAGCUCGCAGACGCAGCUCCUCAUCCCCAUCAGCAGCAUCCCCACCUACAACACGGCCAUGGACAACAACGUUCUGCUGAUCGGUGCCUACAACCGGUUUCCAUAUCCAUCCGUCUCAGAGAUCACAGGUUUGUCCUCCCAGACCAAGUUCAGCGAGGAGCAGAUCAAAGUCUGGUUUUCAGCUCAGAGGCUCAAGCACGGAGUCAGCUGGACGCCCGAGGAGGUCGAAGAGGCGAGGAGGAAAAAGUUUAACGGAACAGUCCAGUCUGUCCCUCAGACCAUCACCGUCAUCCCGGCCAACAUAGCUGCGGCCACAAACGGCCUGCAGUCCAUCUUCCAGACGUGUCAGAUCGUGGGCCAGCCGGGCCUCGUCCUCACUCAGGUGGCCGGGAACAGCAGCAGCGUGCCCGUGGCGUCUCCGGUCACUCUAGCCGUCGCUGGAGUGCCAGGAAAACAACCGAAAGCCGCCGAGCCGUCGGUCUCUGAAGCUAGCACAGAGAUGCUGGCCUCGCCCACCAGCGCCUCUCUUAGUUUAGAUGCUUCAGGGUCGAAACCCAAGAAGUCCAAAGAGCAGCUGGCGGAGCUGAAGGCGAGCUACGGCAGGAGGCAGUUUGCCACGGAAGCAGAGAUCUCCAGACUCAUGCAAGUCACCAAAUUAUCCAAGCGAGCAAUAAAGAAGUGGUUCAGCGACACGCGCUACAACCAGAGGAACUCAAAGGAGCACCACAGCUUGCUGCUGGGCGAACCGGUACCCAGCAGAACCGGAAGAGGGCGGGGCAGCAGCAGCGGCCUCGGAGAGAACGUCGGCAGCGACGGCACCGCCACCAUCGUGAUCGACUCAAGUGACGACGCCAGCGACGCCUCCCCGACAUCCAACAACGCUCAGGGCUCGUCUGGAUCUACCAGCAGCCCGCGGGUCAAAUUCCGCAACGCCCUCCCGGACUUUACACCGCAGAAGUUCAAGGAGAAGACGCCGGAGCAGCUGCUGGUUCUGGAAGCCAGCUUCCAGAGUUCGGACAAACCUUCAGACGAGGAGCUGAACCGUCUGCGCGCGGAGACCAAACUCACGAGGCGAGAGGUGGACGCCUGGUUCACGGAGAGAAGAAAGCUGCCUCUGCUGAAAGGCAGCGAGCCCGGGAGGGAGGCGGAGAGGCUCCGAGCGGCUCACGCGCCGUCCUCCUCCGCUCACGCGCCGCUCAGCAGGAAGGCCAUCAAGAAGACGCCGGAACAGAUCAACGUCUUGAAGAAGGCCUUCGUUCGCACACAGUGGCCGACGCCGGAGGAGUACGACAAGAUGGCAGAGGAGAGCGGCCUGCCCAGGUCCUACAUCGUCACCUGGUUCGGGGACGCGCGCUACGCCUGCAAAAACAACAACCUGAAGUGGUACUACCUCUACCAGUGCGGGAAGGUGGAAGAGGCAUUCAAUGGAGGCACUAGGACCCCGAAGAAACCCAGGAAGCGGUUUCGCCUGGGGUCCAGGAGAACGCGUCGGCCUUACGCCUGCAAACGCUCGCCACAGGGGGGCGCUGGUGUCAUCAAGGUAAAAUCUGGUAAGGAGUUUCUGAAGGAUUACUACCUCAAACACAGAGCUCUGAGCGAGAAAGAUCUGGACGAUCUGGUGACCAAGUCCAGCAUGAGCUACGAGCAGGUGAGGGACUGGUUCUCAGAGACCGCCAGGAGGGUGGAGGCGGGCAAGGAGGCUUUCAGCGGCGAGGAGGAGGAGGCCGAAGAGGAGGAGGAGGAGGAGGAAGCGACGGCAGAGUGUGCGGAGAGCGAAGGGGAGAUGGAGGUGAAGGAGCAAGGAGAAGAGACAAAAGAAACGGGUGAGAAAGAGGACGGCUGUGAAAUGGAGGAGGAGGGCCAGCUCCAAGGAGGAGAAGAUGUCUGCCAAUCCCAGCCGACAGCAGAGGAGCAGACAUGAACGGCCAUGUUCAGAUCUUCUCCUGCAGUGGAAUCAGAAGAUGACAGACGCCGGCUUCCCUUCUCAUCUCCUGGAUCCGGACCAGCAGACAGCUGCGGGAAACUUUUGACAAACGAUGUGAUGCUAAACCACGCGCUUGUGCCUUUUAGUAGAAAACCGGGGGUCAUAAUGCAGCUGAGGAUCCCGGAGGCGUACGAGCGGAGGUAAAAACGACAGAAGCUUCUGGAUUUGGGACCAACCAAACCAGCAGAACAGAACUUCGCCCAAAUUGUCUCGCAGCAAAUCAAAUGCCUUUGUUUUGAAGAGAACGCUGGCCUUUAUUUUGGCCUGUAAUGUACAUUUUCCUAGAAAAACAGGGUUGGGUCAAACGGAAAACUGAAGGUUUUUUUUGUAAAAAUCCUCAAACAGACAUUUUUCCUAAAGGAAUGUCUUCAAACCCAACGAUAAAACAUAAAGUUGGGAAUGAAAAGGUUUUCUGUGAAUAGACACUUCAGAUUAGUGCCAUUCUUUUUGUAACUUUCUUUAAAGAAAGAAUGAAAUCUCUGCUUUUCUUUUGUUUUUCCCAAAGUCGGAAUCUUUACGACGACAUUACUUCUUAUUGGAACUGAAUUCAGUUCAAGGUGACUCCAUUUUACUGUUAUUCUGGUAUUAUGAUUUUAUUUUUAUGCACAUUUCUUUUGUAUUUUUUUGGGUCCGUUUCAUUUCAGUGGCUUCAGUUCAGUACUGAUAAAAGGAAUGAAAACCCAGCAGAGCUUAAGAGAUCAAUCAGCUGACAAAAGGGAAAUAACCAAAUAAAAAAGGUUUUGGCGUCAAAUAUUCAUAAAAAACUGUUCAAAUUGAUUUUUUUAAUCAAAAUCAAGCCUUAAGGAAAUGCAGUGGGUUCUAAAGCUCAACCAAAACGGUCUUAAAAAAGACAAAUUCUGUUUUUCCUUAAGUAUAAAUAAUAAACAGCUUCACAUUUAUCUUCUGCUCACUUUUUCACAUUUCUGAAUGUAGCUGCUGUUUUUGACCAUUUACAGGUUCAUCAUCCCAUUUGAUAAAUAAAAAAGUGUCAUUUAGCAGCUUCAAAUGAAUAAUUCCCCAAAUUCAACAAAAAAAUCCUCAACUAAACUGACGUUUUGAUCAAAAUCGGACGAAAUCGGACUCUUUUGGGUCGGGGUUUAAUUAAACCAGAAGGAUGCAGUCAAAUCCAUCACAACCCCUCAGGUCUGUCAGAAAUCCAGGACUCUUCAACACCGCAGAAGCUCAGGAAUUCCACAUUUGAUUGAUCAAACAUACUAUUCCAAAUACAUAAAAAGCCUCAUUUACAAAAGAAAAUGCGCACUUACCUGCUCAAACAAACGUUAGAAGGAUUUAUUUCAUUAGCUGUACAUUAAAGCACACAAAUUCUGCUUGUUUAUGUCGGGGACAAAAACCGCCUGCUUUACUUCAGGAAUCCAGCAACUUUACCUCAGUCCGUUAAGCUACAAACUCGGUAAGAUUGUGACAGUUAGACUUUUACACCGCUUUUUUCUAGAGAAUUCAAUACUGUUUAUGUGGAGGCAAAGGAGUAAGGAGUUUUUUUUUUUCAUACUCUUUAAGUUUGAUCUCGCCACCAAAGUUGGGAAGCAGAAAUGUAUUUCCUUCAGUACGGGUGAAUUUGUAGACGGCAUCUUUCAGGUUUACCGGCGAAUAACAAGAGGGCCAGAACUUUUUUCAUUGUGUAAGAAUCAAAAACAAGGAAAUAAGCUUUUUAUGUUUUUUUCUCUGCUCUCCUGUGUCUCCUAACCCUCGUAGGACUGUAAGGACUGUAAGCAUGUGCACAUGACGACCAGCCGGAGCGCUGGUGGACUCUCCAAUCCCUGAUUUUGCUUUGUUCCCACUUCGUUUAUGACGAGCUCCAGAAGUUCAGCCUCUUGCCAUUCUUUCAGUUGCUUUAAAAGCCAACAUUUUUAGUAGGUAAUUUAUUUAUUAUACCUGGACUUUUAUGUAAAUCUUUUUUUUUUGUCUGCAAACAGAAAAUAAAAAUUUUAAACUAUA